GAAAGGAGGGCUGACAGAGGUGCAAGGCGUGCAGAGAGGCGGGCGAGGAAGGACGAGAGGCGCGCCAGGAAGGCUAGGGGUGAAUACGAGGAGCCAUACCAGCUUUUCGUCCAACCUGUAUGAUAGAAUGCGUGUUGUUCGAAGGGCCGGCGUUUUAAUCGACUCACACUCCAUGUAAUCACUACUGCUGCAUGUCCGUGGGCUUUUUGUUCUGUGCUUUACUUCUGCAACGCGUCCAACUUCACGUGACCUACAUUAGUACUCUGGACUCGAGGGCAUCGAGGGCAUACCGAGUGCGCUCAGGCCAUGUCUGUGCUCACAGCAACGCCCAGAGGGAAAACAGCGUCCGCGACACCUACCGCAACACCAACUGCCACCAGGAUCGCAGGUUCCCAUGUCCUUCAGGCAUCGCCCCAUUAUACGACUACACGCAGACACUCUUUGUAUGGCACCGAAGACCGCGUCGUCGUCGAUCCUGGCUCACGUAUCUGGAAGGUUGGCUUCAGUGGCGAGGGAAGGCCCAGGGAUGUCUUCUACUCAGAUCCAAUAAGCGCGGAACCUCUGUGGGGAUUGAACCGCGCAAGCGAUGCUGCAACUAGAGCUGAGCAAGAUCGGCUACUCGAAAUCAAUGUCGAGAGGCGCAUGCGCUCGGUGUUCCAUGAGUCGCUACUUACAGACCCCAAAUCUCGCAAGGUGAUUUUGGUCGAACACCCUCUACUCCCACUGCACAUCAAAGAAAUAUUUGCUCGCGUCUUGUUCGGUAAUUUGCAGGUGCCUUCAAUAUCGUUUGCUCCAAGUCACCUUCUGUCUCUCCUGUCGGUUGGCCGCAUCACUGGUUUGGUGAUCGAUUGUGGUCAUCUCGAAACUGCAGCGUUACCCAUUUUCGCUGCUAGGCCGCUGUUCCCACAUCUACAGACUACACCGUUGGCGGGUUCCCGCUUCACAUCACACCUCCGUGCCCUUUUGCUUCUGUUCGGAAAAUAUGCUCCGCCUCCGACGAAUCUUACCGUCGUCAAUCCUCCACUUGCGACCCGUCUUACACGUGUCCCGCAGGAGAUUCUUACGGAUUUACUGGUUGAAGACAUCAAAACUAGGUGCUGUUUCGUGAGCAGUGUAUUGGAAGCAAGGCAUGACAUCCGACCUUCGUCCCCGACAACAUCUGCCUCCGAGGCCGACCCUCUUCCUGAAAGCGAUAGUGCUGUGUCUGAGUCGGAGUUCUCUCGUGCUUCUGCCUCCGAUGUACCCGAAAGUUUCGUAUCCUCGCAGCCAGAAGCUUCAUCUGACUCUGGGACCGCGUCCGAAAGUUACCUCCAAGCACUCGCCAACUUAUAUACUCGACAUUCGAAUGCUACUGACGUCCAACUCCGCGUUGUGCCUCCAACCUCACAGCAGAUGGGCACCGGACGCGGCACCCUUAUCGUAGCUGGAUGGAUCCGCGAGCGAGCCGCCGAGGUCCUUUUCGAGGGCGGUGACGUCGACGAAGGCAGCGUCGCAGAGGUCAUACUGGAUGCUCUACUCAAGGUACCUAUCGACCUGAGAACAACGAUGGCAUCUUCCAUUCUCGUAACGGGGGGCACUGCGAUGUUACCUGGUUUUAUCCCGCGUUUGCAUGCCGAACUCCUUCGCGCAAUCGCACCUCCAGGAUCACCGCAACAAGAUUCUCGACGUGGAAGACCAGCACCACCUGCCUAUGAUCGUUAUGCAGAGCUCAGACCACUCAUCCCACACUUUGCCAUCCUGAACAAUCCUUCGCCACAGGUUUCUGGGUCGUCCUCGACGCGCGCCAAAGCUAAUGCUGGCAAAGCGCCUGCAUAUUCCCCUGCGUUGAUGGCAUGGGUUGGCGGCUCCCUAGCAGGGGCCCUCAAAACGGGAGGGAUGGAGAUUACGAGGGAAAAGUGGGGCGAAGCGUUCUCAUCGCAGAACGAUGACGAUGAAACGGCCGUCACGGCAGCUGAUUCGGAACAUUUGCUGAAAAGCAUCAUUCCAGACUGGACGAAAACUCCACUGCCCGUGGGUGCACCAUCUGCAUCUGCUAUUGCGCUGUAGGGAAUGGGUUUUCCCUACCAAGGGACAUGGUAUUUCUGCUUUAUUGUUCUUCGUUUCUGUUGUUUUAUGACUAUUACAAUUUACAAUAUUAUUUCAAGGACAUAAUUGACUUUUGUGAUGGAUUCGGAUUUCGGGCUCUCAGUCGGUUU